AUGGACUUCAACCAGUGCCGAACGUUGUCACGAGCGCACCUCUUCAACCCAGCUCGAGCAGCCGAUCCACCUGCAAUUGGAGAUGUGCAGUUGUGUAGCUGUUACGGUGAUCGAUGUAAUGGCAAUAAUCGAGGAGCCCAAUUGGCUACCGGUCUCGCUACUUUUUUGAUCCUAAUGUUGGUGUGGAUUCAAUAG